AUGUUGAUCAAAGAGCAUUGGACAAGCGCGGCUAAAACUAUGGAUGUGGAGGGCCAUAAUGUUCUUGCAGACUACUUCGCCGUCUACAACAAUGAAUUGAAAGAGUUUAUGGAUCCUUUGAGUAGAAGCUCCGAACUCGCGGGAUCAUUUGUACACACAAAGAGCCGGGUUAAAUGGGUCGAUGCCGAAAACAAUAAGGAUGACGAAAACCGGCAUCUUUUGAUUGAGGAGAAUGAGCGGUCAAGCGAGGAAGACGAGGAUGAGAUACAGAACGAGGAGCUCGGAGUUUUUUGGAGUGCCGAGGAAAAGGAGUUAUUUUUCCAUCAUCUGUCGCGAUCGUCAAUUCAUAGGCUAGAAGAAUGGCAUAUGCAUCUUCCUGAGAAAUCAAAGUUUGAGAUAAUAGCGUACUAUCAAGUACUAAAAAAUAACCUUAUUAAGCUCAAACAGCUGGAUAGCAAGCGCCACGGCCGGAUUUUGCCAAAAGUGGACUUACCAAUUGCCUACGAGAUGGACGAGUUCUUCGUAGAUUUGGAAGAGGAGAUGAGCUGUAAAGCAGAGCAAAAGCUCCAACUUUUGCAAGAGCUGCCUGGAGAUACCCUAGAAAUGCAAGAGGCUGACGAAAAUGCCCUUAUAAACCUAAAAAAUUGGGAUAAGCGAUGGGGUCCUAUGUACUCUAGGCACGGCAUUGAGGAGUGUCAACCAGCGUGCCGCCAAGCGCUACCGAUGUCUGAACAGUCUCUUCGACACCUCGAAGAGUGUGCAAGAAGCUACCUACGCAGGCUCCUGUGGUUCACAGUUCUUUCUCAAUUGGAAACGCAGCAUGUCCCCUCCAGUUUUUUUAAAGAAGACGCAGGCUUAUCUGGGGGCGAACAAGAAGUGAACGACUACGACGGCGUGACAGUUAACUCAGGAGGUAAGACGCACUUUCCUCAGAUAAUUUCUCGUGACAAAGUGCUAAAGGGCUUGUCCGUCAUGCGGCAAGAGGGGCUUGUCGCCCCGACGCUCGCCGAGGCCGUCCUUUCGACUUUGCAAAAAUUCAACAUCCAGCAUGAGGAGGGGCGGCUCUUCAGGACCACGCAGGUAGCAAGUGGCGUAAUACCGCGAAUUCUAGAGCACGCGGAGGCUGCUCACGACCUGGAGCUCUACGGUCGUGUUGCAUCGGACGAGCAUGCUGUUAGCAGCACGGUAGGCGAAGACCUUUUCCUGCACAUACACAAGAAGCUUUUCAACCUCAAUGGCAGGAGAGCUGACUCAGAUCCUUUUGUGGAAUGUGAUAAGCUUGACAUCAUCAACAACCCUUUAGAGCAGGAGCUUUGCGACGAAGAGACCCGUAAUCUCGACGCGCGUGACAUGUACCGGUCCCGUAAGUACCAGCACGCAAUGCUAAGCUUUUUGCAGGGAGGGCAUGCGCCACUCAAACGCGUAGCAAUUCAGGUGCCAGACGUCGAACCCCCACGGAAAUCCAGGAUUCCCCACUGGCUACAUCGCGAGUUCCAAUUCGAAUGA